GUGAUAGUAGGCUCUUUACCGAGGGCCAAACGAAAACGAAACUGUCUGAAUCGAUGUAUAAGUAUUUUGUCUUUCCGAUAUGUUUGGUUUUGAUUGUCAAAUUUCGUUGCCCGCUCACGGCAGAGCGCAUUGUAACCCGAGUAGUAAGUACUAAGGAGCUUUAACGCGUUGUGCUUGUUUAGCUAAUGCUAACGAGUUAGCUAUGAAUCUCUGUUCAAAUGUAAACAUCCGGCUGUUGAUUCUCACACGCAAGUGUCGUAUAAAGCAGCUUGGUGUCAAUGUUAAGUCUUUACCGGCACCCGAUUAAUUAACAGUUAUAUCCAGCCUUCUCUGAGUUACAUUGCUAUAAGAUGAUGAUCUCUAAAACAGUACAACUCUAUUAUAAGUAGCUCUAACGUUUAACUUCCUGUUCCUAGCAUUCUGUAAGUUUGCUGUUGCUAGUUAACUCUGGGUUUGUAGCUGGUGAUGUCCAGUCGCACAAGCAGGAUGAUUAGCAUCUGAUUUAAACUGUCUGUCGCAGAGACUGCACUAUGGGUUGGCUUCCCUUUGUUUUCAGCGCUUUUGGAAAGUGCUUUGACCUCGUUUGCCUGCUUUUGGACAUAAAUUUCAUGAUUGUUAACUCACUAGUUCGGUUGUUUGCAGCACUCCUGCAACUGAUCAACAGCUUCCCCAUCCUGCUCAUGAAUUCACUGGUGGAGUGUGUGGAUCUUUCUCUGUUCUACUUGAUCACCAUGAUGGACGGCAUGACAGUCGUGACCCAUAAUGUGAUGGGAGGCUGGAUGCAGCUACUUGGUGGCAUGCUGGAAAGCUGUAAAAUGAUGGGCUACCUGUCUACACAUUUACUGCUGCGCACCAAAGAGCUCCUUCACCGUGGUCUGCUCUCGGGACAAGGCUUCCUGCGGCAGAUCUGCGAAGGCUGUGGUAUUGUGUUUAGCCUUUUGCUUUACUUUAUCAACACAGUCAUCAAUCUUCUGCUCAUAGGAACACAGAACCUCUACACUGUGCUGCUUAGCAUGAUCGAAGCAGUAGCCAGCCCUUUACAGAAAGCUCUUGAGCUGGCCUUGACUGUCCUCACCUUCUUCUAUAGCUCCCUGGUGGGCACCUCGCUUCUUCUCUGGACACCAUGCAGACUAGCUGUGGAGUUUCUGAGCUCUCUAGGACACCUCUUGAUCAGUGUCUUCUUGCUGAACUCCUAUGGGCUGCUACUGACUGUAGCCAUAAUCCUAAGUGCCACCAUCUACCUGAACCCUGCUCUGUGUCAGAGUGGAGUUCGGCAAAUAACUGACUAUGUUAACACAGCACCCGCACUGCAGCGGAUACAGAGGACAUGGCAGCGUUUGUUCUUGCUGGAAAGACACUUGUGGCAGGGCAUAGCCUGGGUGCACAGUCGUCUUGGUCUUUGGAUGACGUUCGCAGGAAGGGGGACUCUCCGAGCCGGUGACGAGACGGUACAAGAAGUCCACACCGACCAAGACCCUCCUGACAUGCCUGAAAGAGCUGAAAUGAUGGACGGCGAUGCUGUAGACGAGCCCCUGGCACUGCUGCCAGCUCCAGAACUCCAAGACCAGCCGCAACCUGGUUGCAGCUCUCGCAGCCCGCUGCGGAAAAUGCCGUCCGAGGGCAGCUGCAAAGCUGCCCCUGCAGAGAAUCUGCUUACGCUUCUGCAGGAGCAAGAGGAAAGGAAGAAGUGCGUCAUAUGCCAGGACAGCACUAAGACCGUUGUGCUUCUGCCCUGUCGCCACUUGUGCUUAUGCAGAGCCUGUACCGACAUCUUGCUGCGCCAACCCGUCUACCAGCACAACUGCCCACUGUGUCGCCACAUGAUCCUCCAGACCAUGGAUGUGUAUCUCUGAAGAAUUGUUCUUCAGAUUAAGAAACUUGUUGAUGAAUCUCAGGUUAAUAAAGCACGACCGUUUUCCAUCAUGAUCCACGUUAGUCAGUGAGGCUGUGUACAUUCUGUUGUCUUAUUCCACUGUGCUGAAUGUUUUGCUACUGUCGAUUGUAAAUGCACAUGAACAUUCCCUUUUAUAUUCAUACACAUGUUGAGGCUUGCAACUAUGACACAGCCGUUUUGUAUGUUUGUUGUUAUUUUUUCCCCCAAAACUUUGCUUUUGUAUUGAUGCACACUAACGUUUUAUACUGGAGUGUUGAAUACAUGAUUGUAAAGUUUUUCUUAGAGUAAGAACUGCAAAGAUUUGAUCAUUUUAUUCAAUCCCAAACACUGUAUGCAAACUAGUGGCCUAAAUGUGAGCUGUUACUAGGCGCAUAUCUGUGAUACAGCACUCUAGCCUUAUAAUGUGAACGGCUCGUUAUUGCCUGACUCCAAUUACAAACAAGUUUCUGCAAAUUUCAUUAGACGAAAACAGAUUAUCGAUUUGCUCUGAGUGCUGUUGCUGAGUGCGUAUAUUGUUUUACUAUUUCUGGAAGCCAUUGUUAGGAUUAAAAAUAGUUGAUAUCUAAGCUGAUUUGUUAAUCCAGUUUAGAUAUUUGAUGUCUCGAUUUAGCGUGUCGAUUUUGUAUGCUUAGAUAAACGCUACUGAUUUGUGCAACACGAAAUUCAGACAUCAGUCCAAAUCGUUUGUGUUAUUUUAUUAUUAAAACGUGAUUUUAUUAAAGUCUUAUGAACAACAUUCCAGACAAAAAGAGUAACUGUUUAGCAGAUGUUUUGACAAAAUCGAUCUUGAUCUUGAACCAAAUUAUGAGCAAAAACAAUCUGCAUGUUUACUAAAAUCUGCACCAGAAAAUAAUCAAGAGUAAUGUCACAACCUUUAACACUAAUCCUCUGUUUACACAAACUACAGUAGUCUUGCUGAUUCCUGAGUGUCAUUCACUGCAUUUUGUUGUUUUGGAACCAGAGUGACAGACACUUACAUUAACCAAAUACAGCAGGAUAAACUGUGGUCUACUGUAACAUUUAUUUAAAGUUCAGUUCAGGUUGUUUUAGCCAGCUUUCUUCAUUAGAAGUGUGUGUGUAAAUGUUUGUGAAGACUGGGGCCAGCACAGAAACAGACUUUCUAUAAUAUGAUGCUUAAUAAAGUGACAAAUUAUGCUGUGUUCAAA